GUUAAGUUCUUACCGUACAUUUUGUUUUAUUACUUGUUGAUUGAAAUUUCGAUUAGAAAAUUGCGAACAAAUUUUAGAAUAGAAUCAUCGUUACGAACAUCAGAAGCAGCAACCUCCAUACGAUAUUAUUUUCGAUAUAAUUUGUUAUAGUUUUUUUGAUAUGCUUUCUUUCUAUUGAUCUGUUGCUUAAAUAAAUCAGUUAUAUGAAAAAAGAUGGCUAAGAUCAAAACUCAAGAAAAGAUAAUAAAGCCAAAAAGCAAAUCAACCAACAAUCCAUUUAAUACUAAAAAAGAGGUCAAAGCUAAAUUGCCGAUAUUUAAUUCAAUGAUUACUGCAGUAUGUAUUGGUAUUGCUGCAUGGUUCAGCUAUAAAGGUUAUCUUGAAACUAGAGUAAAUACGCCGUACGAUAUAGAAAAGCUGGUAACCAUGGCUGGCUUGGAUAUCCCAGAUAGAUAUUGGGGUACUUAUAGACCUAAUGUUUAUUUUGGUAUGAAAACAAGAGAUCCACAUUCUUUGGUAACUGGACUAAUGUGGUAUUCUCCUCAACAUCUACGACAAGACGGUACUGGUCUUAGACACUGGUGUGAACAGGGUGAUAAUUUAGAUAGAUAUGGUUGGUUGGAACACGAUGGAAGGACAUUUGGAGUCCAAGAAAUAGUAGACUCAUCUGUAAUUUUAACAACAACAUUUGUAAAAAGAUUAAGUGGUCAAUAUGGUGGAGAUUGGACAACAAAAAUUAGUGUAAAUUCUAAAAAUUCAAAAAAACUUGAGCAGGAAAUCUCUUUGCUAUUUUAUAUUGCUACUGAAGAAAAUACUAAGGGAUGGAUUGAAGUGAAUACUGAUAAUGAUGAUACUUUAACAGGAAUGACAGGGAAUACACAGGGCUUAGGCUCUUUUAAUAUUAAUAUACAUGCCACGAAAGGUACUAUUAAAGAACAUUCAUUCUUGUCAACAAUAUCACCAAGUUUAACUGCUUUAAAGGAAACUGUUCUUAAAAAUCUGAGAGUAGCAUCAUAUAAAGGAACUAACAGAAAACAUAUAGUACUAUCUGGUGAACAACUUUCAGUAUUGCCGGAUGGAAUUAAGGAAAAACCAAAUUUUAUUGUUACACAAGUAACAGGGAAAGUUCCUUUUGAAAUUGAAAUUAAUUAUGAAUCAGAAAGUUUUUCUAAUAGAUUAAAUAAAUUAAGUAAUGAUGUAUAUGAUCAAGCAUUGCAAAAGCAACGCGAAUUAUUUGAUGAAAAAUUUGAGAAUAUUUUUAAAUUAAAAUCUAAAGGUUAUUCCAGUGAAGAAAUUUCUUUUGCAAAAAUGGCAUUUUCUAACAUGAUAGGUUCCAUAGGUUAUUUCUAUGGAAGUUCUCAAGUUCAAAGUGUUCAUACCAAAGGUCCUGUGCCUUAUUGGAAAGCAUCUUUAUAUACUGCAGUACCUAGUAGAAGCUUUUUCCCUCGUGGUUUUUUAUGGGAUGAAGGAUUUCAUGGCUUACUUAUUUCAGCAUGGGACUUAGAAAUUGAAUUAGAUAUUAUAAGUCAUUGGUUUGAUUUAAUGAACAUCGAAGGUUGGAUACCAAGAGAAAUGAUCUUAGGUUCUGAAGCAUUGGCAAAAGUUCCGGAUGAAUUCGUAACGCAGAUGAAUACAAAUGCAAAUCCUCCAACAUUCUUUUUGACUUUAUAUUAUAUUCUCGAACAUAAACAACAAGAAUUGUUAAGUAAGCAUUUUCAUCUUCUUGAUAAAUUAUAUCCACGUCUUCAAGCUUGGUUUAAUUGGUUUAAUACAACACAAAUUGGUGAGUUGCCAAGUACAUAUAGAUGGCGUGGUAGAGAUACUGAUACUAUCAGAGAAUUAAAUCCAAAAACUCUUACAUCCGGAUUAGAUGAUUAUCCUAGAGCUUCACACCCAAAUAUUCAUGAAAGACAUGUUGAUUUACGUUGUUGGAUUGCAUUUGCUGCAAAUGUUAUGUUUAAAAUUACUGAAAUCUUGAAUCCUUCUUAUAAUAAAUACGAAGAGACAUUUCAUUACUUAUCUGAUAAUAAUUUGUUGAAUAAACUACAUUGGUCACCUAAUACACAAACUUACUCCGAUUAUGGUCUUCAUACAGAUAAAGUCGUGUUACAGAAACCUUCUUUACAACCUAAUGCACAACCUUCAGAAAUGAUUCGAGUUGUCUUAGAUGAUCCAAAUUUAAGAUACAUUGAUUCUUCUUUUGGUUACGUAUCCUUAUUUCCAUUUAUUUUACAUAUUAUUGAUCCUAAUUCUCUACAACUAGAAAAAGUUCUACAAGAUCUAACAGAUCCUGAUCUUCUCUGGACAAAAUAUGGAUUAAGAUCACUUGCAAGAACAUCGCCGCUUUAUAUGAAAUACAAUACUGAGCAUGAUCCACCUUAUUGGCGUGGUACUAUUUGGAUAAAUUUAAAUUAUUUAACAGUUCGAGCUGCUCAUUAUUAUUCGAAAAUUGAAGGACCUUUCCAAUCAAAAGCAAAAAAAGUGUAUGAUGAUCUGAGACAUAAUAUAAUACAAAAUGUUAUUAAACAAUACAAACAAAGUGGCUAUAUAUGGGAAAAUUAUGGAGAUACAUUAGGUAAUGGAAAAGGCAGUCAUCCAUUUACGGGUUGGACAUCAUUGGUGGUUUUACUUAUGGCAGAAAUCUAUUGAAGACUAUUUUAUUACUUAUGAAAUAUAACAUAUUCUUAGAUACUAACAUAAUUAAACAGGAAAGAAAAAACAAAAGAAGGUUCCUUCAAGUUAAUGAAGAUUUUUACAUCUUGUUACAAAAAAUUUUUAAAUAAUAAUAAUAAUAAUAAAUUGAUACAAAAAUGAUUUCAAAAAAUUGUUUCUAAAUAUAUUAAAGUAAAUAUGUAGUUUUAUUUGUUAAAUAGUACAUAGGUAACUUGUACAGCACAAUCCAUUUAAUAUUCAGAUAUUUGUAUAUUUGUGCGUAAUUCUCUAUUUAUAUAGUGAUAACAAAAAUAACAACUAAAAAAUAGAAAACUCAGUCUACACUAUAGCAUUGAUCUGUCCACACUUUACAAGACAAAUAUAUAUAUGUUCAUUAUUAUUGUACUAGAUAUACACAUUACUUUAGUAUACUUAGAAUAAUGUGAAUGUGGCAUGAACGACAGUGACAUAAACAUUAUACAGGUCUUAUUCCAAAAAUAUUUGAGAUGUUAUAUAAUAAAUCACUUUGAUUUAUGUUGUAAUAUGCUAUCUAAUUAUAAAUAUAUAUUCUUAUCUUUUUUUUUUCUAACAGCCAAUUUAAAAACAUAUAUAUUAAUGUAAAUUUAUUCCUCAUUAUUCUGUAUUAACUUUUAAAGUAUUUUUAAUUAUAUAAAAUGAACAAGAAUUUUUUUUUUAUUACAAAGAAGUUUAUUAAAAUAAUUGGUAUGUAUUUAUUACAAAAUUAUAUAAUUUAAAGAACAAUUGAAAUUAUUUUAAUUUACGAUCUAACAUGAUAAGAACGUAUCUUGCCACUUUCAGACACUGGCUGUGAACUGUUCAAAUUUACUUGUAAUUUACUUUAAAUAAAUAUAUUUACUAUCAUAUCUAAA